CACUACUACAGCUGCUUGCUAUAUGGAAGCCUUAUGGGGCACCGCCCCUCCAAGCUAUAUUCCUACACUACAGCAAAGACAGGCCCCCUCCCACCCUUCCAUCCAGGGCAGCACGUGCAUGGGCAAUCCAUGUGAGCAAUCUAUUCCUGGAGGCAGGCCCUCUCUUGGAGUCUCUGUACGGAGGUAUUCAGGUAUUCUGAUCCUGGCCCUUCCGUCCCACAGAGUCACACACGCCCACUCACGACGCAGGGAUCCGCGCCCGGCAGCCGGGGGCUCUCAUCAGCAGCUCCUCGGUACUGUGAUGCAUGCAUGCGAUUGUGCAUUCCGAGGACCGAAACGGCUGGCUGCACCUGUGCGGCGUUGGCGUUCCGCUCUUUUUUCAACCUUCUUCACACGUUCCGCGAGUCGGAGAGAGGGAGAUGACGGUGACGACUGCGACUGGGGGCUGUUUGGUUACCUAGAGAUGGGUGCGCACAUGGGGCCAAGACAUUUUGAUACCGCGGUCCCGAUGCCUGGCAUACAUACGUCGUCGUCCCCCUCGCCCAUCCCAUUGCACACAACGCGGCCGGGCCCGAUGUUUACUUUGGGUCUUUUUCCCUCCUUCGGCCUUGAGGGUCGCACUGGGGUGGGUGCCCGUGGUGGUAUUACGCGCGGGAUGGGAUGGGAUGGGGAUGGGAGGACGGCCUGACCUUGUUUUUCGCCUUCUCAUCCUGGUGAUACCUGCGUUAGCUUGUCUGCCUGCCUGCCUGCCUGUUUUCGACAUGAACAUUGGACUCGGGCCUACCAAAGCUGGCUGGCUGGCUGGGCGGGGAUCAUCAUCAUCAUCAUCAUCUAUCGUCGAGGCGGGCCGGCCGGCGACAGGUAGGUGAGUGAGCUUAGUUGGCGGGGCGGAGGACGUUCCUCCCCUUUGGCCAGGCCAGGCCAGGCCAGGCCUCCCCGUCUCGGCUUCUUUCCGAUCCUCAUUCCUGGGACUGUACUUGUACUGUACUUUCCUGUCCUUGCGCCCCCAUUUUCCCAUACACGAACUAGAUCCGGCUGCUAUAAGAUCGCCGCUUAUUAUGGUUGCGUCUGUGUGAUGGAAUCCACGGGGGGUCAGGGAGGGUAUCGUCAGUCAGUUACCGUCUUUCCUUUCUUUUGCGCGAUUCCACCUCCUCCCCUUCUCGUUCGUCCGCCCUCUCUCUCUCUCCAUCCACACCCGACCGGCGUAUCGCGCCGGGUCGUGUGUUAGGCUAAUGCCUGUUUUUGCUGAGCCGUGCUAUACGGGGUGCCGGUUCGCCCGGGGUACUUCUGGCAUGUGGUUGGUUGCUUGACUUUCUGCAACCGGAAGACGUGAUGUGACGAGGCGGGCUUGUUGGCUCUGACGGGACGACAGCUCUAUCUCUGACACAGCCUCAUCUUUUCUCGGUCGAAUUCACAGAGGUCGAGGGGGGUGUGUGUGUGUGCUGACUGUGUAUGAUCUGAUCGUGCAUACUACUAUCCUCUGCACUGCACGAUAAAAGAUCCACUCCCUCUCCUCUUGUCAUCAUCUUGUUGUUCCCUUAGUCAAGACGCUAUGAUCCUCUUCGUGUAAUCCUUCGGCGAGUCCACCACUACAAGGGUUUACUAGACUGCUGGCCUGUCUAUUAUAUGCGCAAGUUAUCAAAGCAUGACUAGUACUUUCAGCUGCUCUCCUAAAUUUUGCUCGUCGUCCCCUUAGUGCAAACCAGUUUGUUGCCUUUUCAUAAAGGCGACUCCCCCUACCCGAUCAAGAUGGUAGAUACCACCACCAACUUGAACACGACCACAACAACCACCAGCACAUCAAACACAGUCCAGGAGGCCCGCAGCUCAGAGAGCAACUCGGCCACCAAGAUGCUGCCCUACCACGCGGACACAGACAUAGAGAAGCAGCGCAACGGCGGCGCAGGGUCCCACCACCUCCUGAGGAACACGACGGUGCACAACAUCUCGUGGUCGGGCAUCACGGUCACCGUCACAGACCGCGAGACAAAACAGCCCAAGACGCUGCUGGAAAAUGUCCAGGGCUACGUCGAGGCGGGGGAGGUCCUCGCGCUCAUGGGGCCCUCGGGCUGCGGCAAGACGACGCUCCUCAACGUCCUCGCGGGCCGCCAGCCCACCAGCGACAACAGCAGCAGCAGCAGCAUCACAAGCAAGGGUGGCCCCAGGGCAACAGGGACGGUCCGCGUGAACGGCACCGUCCCGCAGGCCACGACGCUCGCCCGCCUCUCCCGCUUCGUAGAGCAGGAGGACGCCCUGAUCGGGUCCCUCACCGUCCGCGAGACGCUCACCUUCGCCUCGCGCCUCUCGACGGCGGGGCUGUCGGCCCGCGAGCGGGCGGACCGCGUCGACGACGUCCUCGCGUCCCUGGGGCUGCGGGGCCAGGCGGGGACGCUGAUCGGGACGCCGGUGCGGCGCGGCGUGUCGGGCGGGCAGCGGCGGCGGGCCGGGGUGGGCGCGCAGCUCAUGACGUGCCCGCGGGUGCUGUUCCUCGACGAGCCGACGAGCGGGCUGGACUCGGCCGCCACGCUCGAGGUGGUGCGGUACCUGCGGGCCGUGGCGCGGCGCGACGGCCUCAUCGUCGUGGCGAGCAUCCACCAGCCGUCGACGGCGGCGUUCAACCUGUUCGACAAGCUGCUGCUGCUGGGGCCGGGGGGCCAGACGUGCUUCUUUGGCCCGCUGGACGCCGUGGGGCCGUACUAUGAGUCCGUGGGGCGGGCGCUGCCGCUGCAUGUCAACCCGGCCGAGUUCCUCCUCGAGCUGGUGAGUGUUGACUUUGCCGGGGACGGGGACGGGGGCGGAGAGGACCGGGGUGGGGAUGGGGUGAGGGCCCGGGAGAGGCUGCUGGCGAUGCGGCGCGCGUGGCUCGCCAGCCCGCUGGCGGAGCAGCUCACGGGCAUCGUGCGGUACUGCGGGACGCAGCAGCAGCAGCAGCAGCAGGGGCCCGGGGGCACCGAGGCGGACCUCCUGUUGGACGCUGUGGAGGAGAGGCACCGGCUCGGGUUCGCGAGCCUGGUGCUCACGCUGCUGCACCGGUCGUUUAUCAAGAGCUACCGCGACGUCAUCGCGUAUGGCGUGCGGAUGGCCAUGUAUUUCGGGCUGGCUGUCAUGAUGGGGACGGUGUGGGUGCGGCUCAAGACGGAGCAGGAGUAUAUCCAGCCUUAUAUCAACGCCAUUUUCUUCGGCUCGGCCUUCAUGUCCUUCAUGGCAGUGGCCUACGUCCCGGCCUGGCUCGAGGACCGCCUCCAGUACGUCAAGGAGUCGAGCACGGGGCUGUACUCGGCGGCCCACCUGGUGCUCUCCAACUUCCUGAUCGGCAUCCCGCCCCUGUUCAUGAUCGCGCUGGGCUUCAGCGCCAUCUCGUACUACCUGUCCAACUUCAACCCCUCGGCGGCGGCCUUCUUCACCUGGGUCAUGUGGGUGUUCCUCGACCUCCUGGCGGCCGAGAGCCUGGUCGUCGUGGUCGGGUCGCUGGCGCCCAACUUUGUCGUCGCGCUCGCGCUCGUCGCGUUCGCCAACGGGCUGUGGAUGUGCGUCAACGGGUUCAUGGUGCAGCCGACGGUGCUGAACGUCUUUUACAAGUAUGUCUUUAGCUACUGGGACUACCAGAAGUACGUGUUCGAGGGCAUGAUGGUCAACGAGUUCGAGGGGCGGAGCUACGGCUGCGGCGGCGGGUGCCGCUGCAUGUACGAGACGGGCCUGGCGGCCGAGUGCAGGAUCGACGGGCAGGGGGUGCUCGACCAGUUCGGGUACCGGGGUGGGUACCUCGGGAAGAACGUCGGCAUCAUGGUUGGGAUUAUUGCUGGGUAUAGGCUGGUGGCGUGGCUUGUGUUGAUGUGGAAGAGGUGAGGGGGGGCUGGAGGCUGGGGUCUGGCGCGGGUGUUCCGAGAUUGUGUUGAAUGAGAAGAAAAGAAUAUCAAGUGGGUGGUUGGGGUGCCCGGGCGGCAUAGUAGUGGUGUUGGUAUUGAACCUACACAAUAUCUAAACUCGCAAAACAUGUCCAAACAGUUCCCCCAAAGUGCCCGGCCGUUAAAAGAGACAUGGUGGUUGUCUUGGGGGGUCGUCCCCUGGUAUGCGCCGUAUCCUGAACUCCAUGUCGCUCUUCCAAAGGAAAUCAGAUAUCCCGCCCUGCCGUUAAUGUGUCCAGCUCCUUGAUGUCCUAACAUCUCUGUCGACUUGAGGACUAAAACAGUCCGCACGGCGUUCGUUUCGCCGGUGAUAUAUAUAUAUAUAUGCCCGUGGUUUAAUUUGCACGGUCUUGAUGGUGCUUUUCAGAUCACCAUAGAUACUGUAGUCAACACCAACAGUUAAGGGGCUCCUCCCCUCCCCACCUCGCUCGAGGUCAUGUCUUGUAACCUCCUCCUAUCCCCGACUCAAGACUCAACCAGGACAGCGGCGUACCAGUUCCCGCUCCAGUUGGGCUCGCCGUACGCGCUCUUGAGCCAGCACGUGUCGACGCCGUAGUAGUUGCCCCACCCGACGGCCACGCACCCGUCCUGGCCGCCGCAGCGCUCCAGGCAGCCCUCGAAGGUGGUGGCGUUGAUGGUGAGCAUGUCGGCGGCGCCGCAGCAGCUGUUGUAGUCGCGCCCGCACAGCACGAGGAAGUCCUUGUCCUGCUGGGACUCGAGGCUGUAGACGGUCCUGUUGGCGUAGGGGCACUGGAUGAGCGAUGAUGGUGUUGCGGAGGCGGUGGCCGUUGCUGACGGGAUGCUGCUGAUGUCGCUUGUUGAUGUUGAGCUUGAGCUUGUGCUGUGUGGCGGGGGGCAGGGUCAGUGUUGCUUCUUGCUGCGGCGUGGGUGAGGGCAGCGUGGUGUCUUUGCUUUGCUUUGCUCUGCUCUACUUUGGCUUCCGCGAUGGGCCUCGUACCGAAGCAAAGCAAAGCAAAGCAAGGCCAAGUAAGGUAAAGCAAAGCAUAUCGGCCAUUGCAUGAAUGAUGUUCACCACGCCAACUCGUCCGUCCGCCCUCCCCUUGUUGGCUCCCACGAGCCGUUCCGCGGCUGGGUUCCACCUGCGACAACUUGUCUUUGGGGAACAACCCGGGACGAGCCGGAUGGUGCCUCGUCCCAACUCUCCUCUCCACUUUGUCCCAGGAUGCGGGCCAGGGCGUCGCACAGAUCGUGGGGUGACAAGAAAGAAAAAGAAGAGGAGAAGUAAGAGAGACAACAGAAAGAGACUCUUACUCACCUCGAACUACUACUAUCACUCCUCGUCCCCAAGCCCACGCCAACCCCAACCGCGACACCAGCAACGAUCACAAACACAACCACGGCCAGCACGCACCAGAACACCACCCUCCGCAGGCCACAUAUCUUCCUGUCCCGGCCGCCCUGCUGCUGCUGCUGCUGCUGCUGCUGCUUCUCCGCCUCGAAGGGGUUAUGCCCGCCGGCGUACGUCGCGCUGCUGGCCUUGCUGUAGGGCUUGCUGAUGGGCGUGUAGGGGUUGUCGCCGCCGGGGGAGACGGCCUCGGGCAGCGGCCAGCCGCCGCCGGGGAGCACCACGGCCUCGGGCGGCUGCGAGCCCCACCCCUUGUACUCGACGUACUGGGCCUCCGGGUCCGAGGGGGGCAGGGCCUCGGGCAGGCUGUUGUGGGGCACCUCGAGGCCCGGCUCGACGACCUGCAGGCCCGAGAAGUCGUCGCGGUUGAUCAGGUGUCUCCGGUCGUCGUGCGUGGUGCUGGCGGUGUUGGGCGUGCUGGGGGUGAAGUUGGUGAAGUGGGUGCUGGGGGGGCUGUUGUUCGCGAACGAGUCGCUGGCGGAGCCUGGUCCUCCUCCUCCUCCUCCUCCUGCUCCUCCUCCUUGGAGAAGAGAAGAGGCGCCUCCUCGGGCUACCAUCUUGGCGCCCGUGGUCCCGGAAUGGACCCGGACCUUCUGGUCGUCCGGGUCGCUCGGUCUGCGGGGGUUCUGAUCUGCAUUAUUUGAAGCCAUUCUGCGCGCUCAUACGGUUGUAGCUGUCAAUUCAGUCUGCAUGUGUCCAGUUCGUCGGCGGUGGGGGCAUUUUUGCUGGUCCCACCCGGCGAUGAACUUGAAGCUGUGGGCCGGAACGGUGCGAUCUCAGGUGAUGCCCAGAUGUGGGAUGAUGAUCUGUCAGGUAGGGACGGAGCUCGGGACAGACAACCAAGAUAUGGGCUGGACGGAGUCGGACGGAGUUGGACGUAAGAUUGGAUAAGCAGUCAAAGUCGCGGGCGGAAAUCGAACGGGAGGUAGGGGGUUACGAGGAGCAUUUCUGUCCUAUUAACAGUAGCCCCCCCAUACCGGUACACCAGGACCAGGAGGCCAACACCCAUCCGCCGGAUCACCAGCUAGGUCCUCGCCUGUUCUGCAUUGAGUACGACGUUGCAACUCGCUGCGGGCUUCGGCAUGGGCUCGACUCCGCCCGUCUCUUCAGCCUCUCUGCAACCCUCCGUCGCCCCUCCACCAGAUGGAAACCAAAACCCGGCAUCUGCACGAGGUAGGGGUCCCAGGAUCGCUUCCAAUCGCCGUAGUGCGCAACCCUCUCGACCCGGGCCAGCCACAGGCAGAGCAUACCUGCCGGUCGGAGACGAGGCAAGCCGGGCGGUUGGGUGUCCUGGGUGUGGGUGAUACGCCAGUUACGCGUGUGAUGAGGUC